CGACGGACCGGUAUAAGCGAUGCUUUCACGGUAACCGGCUUCAGUUGUGUUGUUACUCACUCACUGUACACUUGGAGAAUAGUAUGUAUAAAGUACUUAACAACAAGGAAAUCAAACACGAGUGUUCGCGGUCGGGAGGACUGCACGCAUAUCCUGAUCAUUUUAGGGAACCUAAAGAGUCAUAUCUCUAAAAAUCCAUUCCCAUUCCCCAUUCAUGAACAUUUGAAGUUUCUUGUCCUCUGGUAGGACCAACUUGUAUAUAGUGUACAUAAGAUCGCUUGUCUAAUUAAAUCUCAAUCCUGACGAGUCGAAUUGCUACGAAGGAAAAUAAUUGAAAAGACGUCACGCGGGUUAAAAACAAAAAAAAUCAACAUUUAAAAAAGAAAAGUGUGAACAAUAGCACAAGAGUCUUUAUCACGCUGUAACAAAACACGAAACAAGUAAAAAGAUUAAUUCAAUUGAUAUCCCAUUUAUUCCUAUCCAUUAUCCACAUUUUCCUACUUACCUUUUGGUAGAAUUUGAAAGAUAAAAAAAAAAAAGGAUAAUACCAUGAAGCAAGGACCAUCAGAAGAUUUGCAUAUCGGCUUGAAGCUACUUACUGCUGGCACUGCGGCUUGCAUUGCUGAUUUAGCUACGUUUCCUUUGGAUACCGCCAAAGUCAGGAUGCAGAUCGCCGGUGAAGGACGAACAAUAUUGCUUGCAUCGACGGAAGGUUCGAUGCUCGCAAUGAGAGCAAAUCAGCCGGGAUUGUUGGAAACAAUGGGGAACAUCGUCAGGGUAGAAGGAGCAAGGAGCCUGUACGGAGGUCUGUCCGCGGGACUCCAGAGACAGAUGUGUUUCGCCAGCGUACGGUUGGGCCUCUACGACAGCGUGAAGUCACUCUACGCUGGAAUCAUCGACGGAAAUAACCGGAGCGGUUCGAUGAACAUUGGUAUUCGUAUAAUGGCCGGUAUUACAACCGGUGCUUUAGCGGUCCUUUUUGCUCAACCGACUGACGUCGUUAAGGUUCGUCUGCAAGCUGGAAACAGCGGAGGUUCGGCAGUGAGAUACAGCUCAACUCUUCAGGCUUAUAAAAAUAUAGCCAGUGUCGAAGGAACUCGCGGUCUUUGGAAAGGUACCAUGCCGAACAUCUCCCGGAACGUGAUCGUAAACGUUGCUGAGAUCGUUUGUUACGACAUCAUCAAGGACAUGAUUAUAACUUCUGGUUAUCUCCGAGACGGUAUACCUUGUCAUCUAACGGCUGCAACAGCUGCUGGACUUUGCACCACUCUGGCUGCUAGUCCAGUCGACGUCGUUAAAACUCGCUACAUGAACAGCCCACCUGGCGAGUACAAGGGUGCUGUUGAAUGUGCAGUCAAGAUGUUCGUUCAAGAAGGGCCCGCAGCUUUUUACAAAGGCUUCGUACCCAGCUUUACGCGACUGGUAUCCUGGAACAUCAUGCUUUGGGUCACCUACGAACAAAUCAAGAAACAUGUGAAGAAAAUUUACGGCCACGAAUAAAUAAUCGUCUUAUCUUGAAUUAAGACAAGACGAUUUUAUUUAAUAAUGCUUAAACAUAACACAACACACAUACGAAUUAUGAGAAUUCGUCGAUUUUCUUUGACAUGGAGAUUGAUAAUGUAGUCUUAUGAAUUCCCGUUGUUUCGCAACAUUAUUUGUGGUACAUUCCUAUAGCAUCAGUGUCAUUGUUCUUUAGAAUCGCGCGUUGCUUCUUCUUCACUAUCGACUCUCCAUGAUCAAUGACUGUCGUACUUUUUCUCUUUGCUAAACUCAUCAUCCUAAUCUCCUAAUAUUUAUUCUUAUCUUCGUUUAUUUAUUUUAAUAUAGAUACGAUCGUACGUACACUAAAUAUUUCAUAUACGCAAAAUGUUAAUCCAAACAGGACCAACUUCUUAUCGAAGAUGGAGCCAAUUCAUUGCUAUUUCAUAAGCAAGAUAUUAUUUCAAAUAAUCACUAAACUAAAAUUAGGAAUCGUUUCUUUUUCGUUUAUUAUAAUUACGUGCUUAAUUUGCUAAAAUUGAAAAUGAUUUUAACGUACGAUCGUGGAUACAAAAUGAAUGAAAUUCUAGGCAAAUAUAUAAACGCAUAGGUUUUGGCUAUUUGAUCGGCUUUGAAAAAUGAUUAGAAAAUUCGCAUGUACCAAAUGAAAGAUAGAUUAACGAUAAACGUUACGCAUUGUUACGCGCCAUAAAGACAAUAAUAUUCCGUCAUUAUUUCGAUAUAUUUGCCAAUUUGACUGUGACCGUGAUAUAAGAAUUUUCUGAUUCGUAAAUGUUCAGUCGCGUCGAUCGAUGAAUCCUCUAUAAAGUAUUAUCGCGAACGAUCUAUCUCGUCUCUUAUUGAAUUAAGAAUAUGUAACGUGCAACAAUCUCGUUUCCGUCAAUUAAUCUUCAUACAUGGGCACAAUUUUUCUUAGAUCCUCGAUCGUGGAUUUUCUAUAGUUCGAGUCUUAAAAAAUAAGUUACCGACAAUUCGUCAUGUAGUUUCCUACAUAUAUUCGAUCGAUCGUAUCUGCUUUAUCGAGUAUGGGUACACUUUCAACAAAAUAGAAGCAUUUGUAGAUUACGUAUUACUUGAAAUCAGUAAUCACAUAUCUCUCGUUGCCAAUAUUUUUCAAAGAGAUUACAUAUACAAAUAUUUUUUAUCGAUCGAGAGAAAGAAAUUCCUCAAAUAUAGUAUUAUAAAUAUACUGAUUUCAAUGUCUCGUAAUUAUCGUAUUAUUUUAUUUAUCUUGAAUCUUAAGUAAGGAUAGAUCGAAAAAUCUCUGCUUAUUGCUUUAUCAUCGAAGAAUAAUUUGUACCUGCAACGAUCGACGAUUAUUUUCACUAUUAGCGUUCGAUUAUAAGAUAUAAUCAUUUUUUUAGUACGAUAAAAAUGAAAAAGAAAAAUAAGAAAAUUUGUGAUGUUUAUUUAAUCGCUGCCUGCUUUGAAACAAAACUAACAUUUCAAUCUAACUAUAUAUUUGUAAGCACGUAUGUAUUUGAUGAUAGAUCGCUGGCCGAACUAUCCUUUUUUUCGAACAUGCAAGCAUGAAUUUGAAAGCAACAAAAGAUAAAAGACACAUUUUUCGAAUUCUUAUUUUAUAUUCAGGUCGCUCGCAUUUACGUCAUAUUACUUACCGUUUACCGCAUUCUCACUAAUCAAAUAUUUACGAUAAUAAUCUUUUCUUGAUAUGAUUAUUAUAAUCAUCGUUUACAAAAUGUUUCAUAUAUUUAAUAUUUUCCUUCGAAAUUCUUUUCGAAACGUUCCUUUUAAGAAUGCAUAUAUACGUCACAGAACAUUAAAUAUUCUUUGAAUUGUUUUUACUUUAGACGCGUAAUUAACGCAAGCA